AGUCUGUCACUGAUCACUGUUAUGGUUUGUUGAUCAAUGGUAAAAUUCAUUUUAAAAAUUGAACUCAGUUCCAGAUUUAUCACCAUGAAACCAAUUUCCAAGUUUUGAAAGUAAAUCGCCCUUUUAAAUUUGGAGCAGGACUCUUCUACAUUUUUGAAAUUUUUCCUCUAGUCGAAUCUAUAAAAGUUUGAUAAUGUCUGAUCGCCGGCAAGAGUUGGAAAGGAAAAAGCAGAAGCUUGCUCUUAUCAGAGAAGAGAAAGAAAAGCGUAGAAGAGAGAAAGCAAAAGAGGCAGAGGAGGCUGCAAAAUCUACUGAUAGACCUGAAAAGGAUCUGCGAGCUCAAACGGAAGAACUUUUAGAAAGUUUAGGAAUAUCUUCAAAUGAAUCUCCUAUCUCUCGCCUUGGUUCGUCUCCCCGUUCAGUGACUCCAGAGAUUCGUAGUUCUCCAAUCCCUGACAGUCAGCCAUCAUCCGCUCCUCAAUCCGGUUCUUGGAAUUCAAAAAAGCCAUCUUUAUCUCUGGUUAGUGUUAAUCAAGUUAACAUCCCCCCGAAGGAAAAAGUAAUUUACAACAAACAGACCCAAACUGCUGCUUCAACAAAUAACCAAGAUAGAGAAGCACACCCUUUGGAUUAUUAUGUCAUUCACUGGGAUGAAGAAUGGGAUGAUGAAUUUCAAGUUCUUACAUAUGCUGAUGUACCAGCUGAAGAUGAUAUUGAAGGAUCAUCUCUUACAUCUCAUGACAUGGAUACACCACCUCCAUUGUACACGUCAAGUCAUCAUCAUCCACAUAAAGGACUACCCCACGUUGAAAUGGUUCGACCUGCUCAUGAUAGCGGCAUACCUCCUGGAUCCGAACCUGCAAAAGAAGAAAAGAAGAAAGUUCGUGAACUAAGUGAAGAUGAGAAGAAACAAAUUAUGCUAAGGGAAGAUUUCCAUCAAUUUUUUGAUCGUGCUAGUCGAAUUAUCGAAAGAGCUUUGUAUCAAGAUGUUGAUAUUUUAGUGGAUUAUACUGGUGCUGGAGAAGAACAAGAUGGAGAUGACAAGAGUGGAAUAAAGUUAUCUUUGAAUCGAAUAUUUUUUGAUGACCAUUGGUCUAAAAAUAGAACUGUAACGAGUUUUGACUGGUCAUCACAGUUUCCAGAGUUACUAGUUGCAUCCUACAAUAAUAAUGAAGAGUCUCCUCAUGAUCCUGAUGGAGUUUGUCUGGUCUGGAAUAUGAAAUUCAAAAAGAUGACACCAGAAUACAUAUUUCAUUGUCAGUCAGCAGUGAUGUCAACCUGUUUUGCCAAAUUUCAUCCUAAUCUUGUGUUAGGUGGAACUUAUUCUGGCCAAAUUGUACUUUGGGACAAUAGAAGUAGUAAACGCACUCCUGUUCAAAGAAGUCCCUUGUCAGCUGCAGCUCACACACAUCCUGUUUACUGCAUUCAAGUAGUUGGCACACAAAAUGCUCAUAAUUUGGUUAGCAUUUCAACAGAUGGUAAAUUUUGCACUUGGAGCCUUGACAUGCUUUCUACUCCUCAGGACACUAUGGAACUAUCUCAUCAAAAGCAAUCUCGCCCUGUAUCGGUUACAAGUAUGUCUUUUCCAUCUGGUGAUUUUAACAACUUUGUCGUGGGAAGUGAAGAAGGAACUAUCUAUACAGCUUCAAGACAUGGUACCAAAGCAGGGAUACAUGAAAUUUUUGAAGGACAUCAAGGUCCAAUAACAGGAAUAAGUUCUCACACUGCUCAGGGUCACAUAGAUUUCUCACAUUUGUUUUUGACUUCUUCUAUUGAUUGGACUGUAAAAUUAUGGAGUCUGAAGGACAGCAAGCCUCUCUAUUCAUUUGAAGAUAAUGGGGAUUAUGUUUGCGAUGUUGCUUGGUCUCCCAUUCAUCCUGCCGUUUUCGCUUGUGUUGACGGCAUGGGAAGAUUGGAUAUCUGGAAUUUAAAUAAUGAUACUGAACUUCCGACAGUAAGUGCAACAGUUGAUGGGAAUCCAGCUUUGAACAGGGUUAUUUGGACUCCAUCAGGCCAUCAAGUUGCUGUUGGAAAUGAUUUUGGAAAAGUUUAUGUCUAUGAUGUUGGAGAACAACUUGCAACUCCUAAAAAUGAUGAAUGGUCCAGAUUUGUUUAUACAUUGCAAGAGCUAGAAAAUAAUAAAGCUGAUCAAGAGUUGGAUUCUCUCAGUAAUAUGGCAGGCGGAAAUUCUUAUUUGUUACCCAUACGUUAACCGUAUAAUUUGCCUCUAAGGGACAUUUUAUUUGAAAAUUUCCAUGAAGUGAUUUCUUGCUUUGAAGCAAAAAUUCCUAAAAUAAAAAACAAUUUUCCUUUAGUGUAUUGAAGAACAACAUGUUAAGUUUGUUGGGUGAAAAAUUAUUAUUUUUUUGACUUAAUCCACUUCUUUUGCACUGUAGCAGGAGAUCUUUUUAGCUCCAACCUGCAUGUACACAAUUCUCAUUUCAGGCUGAUGAAUUGAUAUGUUGUUCUUCACUUGCCAUUGCUGAUGUUAUUAUAAAUUACAUUUUGGAAAUUAAUACAUCUUUGUUAUUGUGUUUUGUUUUCUUUAUAGAAUUUAUGCACUAUGUUCUACACUUCGUAUGCCAUAAUUGUUAAAAUGUCAGUUUUUCAUAGUGCAAAUUGAGCUUACACUCGUUACUUAUACCUGCUUUUUUUAAUUUUGAAAGUACAAAUUUCUUUUUUCCCUUCGAAUUUAGCUUUCAAGCCUCCUCUCCAAUUCAUAAUUAAUGCUUGUUUAUGCUAACAUCUUGAAAAUUUCAUCAUAUAUACAUGAACUUUUUAAUUUUUCAAAUGUCAAUAUGAUGAAAGAUUUUUUUUUUUAGAUUGUUUAUACUUUAUAAAAUUUUGCAUUGUCAUAGAAAAUUAUUCCCUACCUAUUUCAUACUUUUUAAUUUAAUACAAAACAGAAUGGAAUUAAAAUUGUAAUAAAUAGUACCUAAUAUAACCUGUGAAAAAAUUAAUAUGUGCCAUAUGAUUUUUUAUAUGUACAUUUGUAGUUAUUAAUCAUAAUCUCACUAUUAAUGUAUGCUUUUGCAAAACAAUUGUAAAUUUAUUAUUUUUUACAAUAAUAAUCUAUGCUAAAAUUCUUAAUUUUUUACUAUGACUACCAUGAAUUGUUUCAGAUGAAAUAAUUUUCAUGGCAAUGUGCUAUAAAAAAUUUCUAUGUAAAAACUAUUUUUAGAAUUGUAUAAAUGUUUUCAUUCCUUGUACAUUUAUUUGUCAAAAAUAAUAAAAUUAAUUUUAUUUAUG